UGUUAGAGCUGUCACUGGUAUCAUAGUCCAGCUUUGCGGGUUUUUAUGUGGCGUACUGUGCUUUAUGUGCUUUGUUCUUGGUGAAACGACCGUUUAUCAUGGUUUGUGGGAUCAGUUAGACUCGUGCAUAUGACUUAAGGUGCCAAAUGUUUGUCCCUAACGUUAGCUAGCUAGCUACUCGGAGCUUUAUGGGAGAGGUGAAAGUUAGCAAGUGUCGUUCACUGACUCUCGACUACAUGGCGACCUAAAAGUGCUGUUUUGCUUUUUCAAAGUCCACGGGUGGAGUCAUAAUAUCGCAGAGUUAGUGUUUUGUUAAAAGAUGUCUCAACCUGAACCCGACGACACCACCCCGCUGUUCAGGGAUGAGAGAAGCAGCAGCGAUGACUCACAGGAUGAUGACUACAGAAGUCGAUGGAGGUCCAUCAGAGUCAUGUACUUCACUAUGUUCCUCAGUAGUGUAGGUUUCACUAUUGUCAUCACAUCACUUUGGCCCUAUUUGCAAAAGACUGAUGACAGUACUGAUGCCAGCUUCCUGGGAUGGGUGGUUGCAGCAUACAGCAUUGGACAGAUGGUGGCCUCACCCAUUUUUGGCUGGUGGUCCAAUCAUCGGCCACGCAGGGAACCACUGGUGUGUUCCAUCUUCAUUAACUUGGCAGCCAACAUCUAUUAUGCCUACGCGUACCUGCCGAAGACCAAUAACAAGUAUCACAUCCUCAUGUCCAGAGUCUUUGUGGGCUUUGGAGCAGGUAAUGUAGCUGUGGUGAGGUCCUAUGUUGCUGGAGCUACAUCACUGAACGAGAGGACGGGUGCCAUGGCAAACAUGAGUGCCUGCCAGGCCCUCGGUUUCAUCCUCGGGCCAGCCCUGCAGGCAUGUCUGUCCUUCAUUGGAGAGGAAGGUGUCACACUGGACUUCAUAGCGCUGAAGCUCAACAUGUACACCACCCCAGCGUUACUGGCUGCAGUCUUUGGCCUCAUCAACAUCCUGCUCGUCGUUAUUCUGCUGAGAGAGCAUCACGUUGAUGAAGAUGGAAGGCACAUUCAAUCUAUCAACUACACAUCAGAAGAGAGAGUUGAUAUUUCAGAAGAAACUGUUGAAAGCAUCGAUCAGGUGGCUGUCAUGACAUCCAACAUCCUGUUCUUCAUCAUCAUGUUCAUCUUUGCCAUCUUUGAGACAAUUACCACGCCCUUAUCUAUGGACAUGUUUGCCUGGACAAGGAAAGAAGCUGUGCUGUACAACGGGAUCAUUCUCUGCUGCAUCGGAUUUAUAUCAAUCUUGGUGUUUCUGGCUGUAAAAGUGGCUGCUCUUAGAUUCGGAGAUCGGUCUGUGUUGUUAAUCGGCUUGGUCAUUAUUUUCUGUGGCUUCUUUAUUCUUCUUCCAUGGGGAAAUCAUUACCCUAAAAUCCAGUGGGCAGACAUAAAAAACAACUCCUUUGUGACUCACAUGCCUGACCUCAUGCCAGCCCCAAACAGUACUGUGGAGCCAACGGGGUGUCCAAUCGAACAAAUCUGGUGCCAGUAUACUCCUGCUAUACACAUAGCUCAGUUCUUCUCGGCGGACUUCCUCAUUGGAGUGGGAUACCCAGCCUGCAAUGUGAUGUCCUACACACUGUAUUCCAAAAUCCUUGGACCCAAACCUCAGGGUGUGUACAUGGGCUGGCUGACGGCGUCGGGCAGCGGGGCACGAACACUUGGCCCGGUCUUCGUCUCCCAUGUCUACACCCACUUGGGACCUCGCUGGACCUUCAGCCUCAUCUGCGGCAUGGUGGCAGGAGCCAUCAUCCUCCUCAGCUCGGCCUACCGCAGACUCAUCGCCUUUUCUGUUCGCCAUGGAAGGAUUGUAGAGUAGCAUUGAUGGAAAGCAAUCGCUAUUUGUUAUACUUGCUUUUAGCACAGUCUUGGCCAUCAUGGCAACCUUCUGUCGCUGCCACUUUGGAAUGUGGGGACUGAUAAGCUUUUAAAAGUUUGUAACUCAGGGUUUUGACUUUUUAACUCUUGGAAAGACAGUAUUUGUUUUUUUUUUAAUAACAUGAUCAAAGACCGCUGCUUCAUGAUUCACAAAGGAGCUAAAACUACAGUGAUCACAAAGCUCACUUGUUGGGAAAGAAAACAUGACAGAAAUGUGUCUUUGAGUGAUGAACAUAAUUACACAUGCAUUACAUCAUAGAACAUUACAUUUGAGAAUUUUAACAUUUCCUGCUAAACUUUUUCUUAAUGGAAAAAAUACUAAUAUUAUUUUUCCUCAUUCCAUCAAUGGCUUAACCUGUAGUUGUUUAAAACUGCAGGUUUUUGUCUAUUGGAAAAUAUUCAGAAAUGUCUGGGUGGGUGCGGGUGUGUAUGGUAACAAUAAACUGAAUAAUGAAUAAACUGUUUAAGAUUUUA